AUGGCCCUGAGCUUCGGCUUCGUGGAGGGGGACUACAGCGGGAGCUCCGUCAGCGUUCUAGGGAGGAACUCUGCAGGUGUUUUCAGGCUGGCGAGAGGUUAUGCGGUGGCGGAGACUUAUUGGCUCAAUGUCGUCACCGGAGAUGCAAUAGUUCACUACAAUGUUACAGUCGUUCAUUACUGA